AUGCUUCGUCGGCCGUGCGUUGCCGCAGUUGACAUGUUUGCUGGCGCUUCUUCGACAAUUGUAGCAGUCAGCCCACGGCGGGGCAUUUCGACCGAGCACAAGGAUAUCACACGUAGUGGUCAGCCCCAUCCCCCCGCUGUGCCGCACAACGAGCCGAUUCUUCCAAUGGACUUCAAUCCCCACAUUGAGUGGUUUGAAUACCCAAAGGAAAUUUUUGACCCAAAGUACCCCUACACCCGCGAAGAAAGUAUUCGCAUGACGGAAGAGUCGUGGGAAAGCACAAUGGAUGAGAUGGCAAGCCGAUACGGCAUGCGGCUCAAUAUGACGACAAAACCAAUGUAUUGGAUGGCGUGGAGUAUAAUGGUAUUCUACUCAUGGUACACCCUCUGGGGCUGCUACCGUGCGAUGGGGACGGAACCCGGUUGGCCACACUACCGACAACUAGUGCUGAACCAGCCCAAUGUUCCGACGCUCGAGGAGGAUGACAUUUACUUGGAUCAGUGGAUCCGGCCAGAGAUGCGUGAGAAGCAUGCCAAGUUUGAUCUUUUCUGGAACUGGAAGCCGCUUGUGAACCGUGACGGCGCAAAGACGACAUGGCAGAUUCCCAUGCAGUACCAUGACGAGUCCGAGUGGAGGCACAUGACAAGUCCAAACUAA